AUGAAUCUCUUCUCGUCCAUAUUCAGCUAUUUGUAAGUAACUGCUGAUUAUUUGGACUUUCCCGGCUUUCCCUUGCCCUCCCCAAAAAACAACAACCACCCCAACAGUCUCCCUUGAUUUUCCAUCUUUAUUUCUGCUCCAUUUCAAAAGCGAAAUCACCUCACCAUCUACUUUGUUUUUUCCCCCUUUCCUCCGCUUUCCCAUCAUUCUAGGCUACUGCACUUGUUUGCUUUCUGCUUGCAGGCACAGGUAAGGAAACUGUUUUAUUACUUUUUAUCCUUUAAGACAUUAUUUGGUGCGGCUUGAAGCUCAUAGCCAAAUCUUUUCCAAGCAUCUUUUUUUAAAAAAACGGAAAGCGGUUAUAAGAAAAAGAAAAAGUUUAGAUAAGGAGUUUGAUGGGAAGCGUUUGAUGGAGCAACCGAAACACGCAGCAGAACGUUAAAUAUAACAUGUUUGAUAAAAUUAAACGACAGGAGGUUGGUUAAAGUGAAAGUAGAUGCAAGCUGGGUUCAAAAAUUGAAAUCGCAGACAUGAGAAAAGCAUGCAAAAUCCAAGGCAAGAAAUAGAUGCUGAUUAAUUUAAAAUGUACUGCAGUGUUUAGCCAGACAUUGUGCAAGUGUGUGGAUGGAUGGAUAGAUAGGUAGUUAUUGUUUGCUGAAAUUGCAAGCACCUUUGCUCCGUUGCUAUGAUUUUCAAAAGUUUAAUAAUAUUUAAGGGAUGGAAAUUCUAACCAUUAUUAACUCUAGCUUGCUGGUCAUCAGUAGUGCUGCUAAUAUAUUAAACAACACAGUCUGAUACUGUGGGAUCUAUAACCCUGCUGGUGCAGUAUUGAUUGCAAAUCCAGAGAGCCAAAGACAAAUGCAAUUUCCCCUAAGAAAGAGAGUGAAGGGGAGAGAGAGAGAGAGAGAGAGAGAGAGAGAGAGAAGGAGAGAGAGAGAGAGAUAACAGGUGUAAGGUUCCAAGUUAAAAUUGCAAGGAUCUCUUGAUUUUGUAAGUCGGAGUAACAAAGAUCACUCUGAAUGUGAAGGAGGAACAUGGGAGUUGUGUAAAAAAAAGCUACAUUGUAAUAUUUUGGGGGCGUCAGAUGGAAAUCAAAGAGUGAUGUGGGUGUCCACAUGGUCCCCUCAUCAGAGCUGGCAAAAGAAUCCAGAGAUAUUAUCAAAAGAACCUUCUGUAGGAAACACACACACAGAGACACAAAGGAAAGGAAAGGAAAAUUGUCAAGGGAAGACUUCUAUAAACUCCAGCUUUGAGGGGGAGGUUACUUUUCCCAUUUGCAUGGAAUAACCUUAGCAUUUGACAUGGGCAGCGGGUGGGGUGGGGGGAAAAGAGUCGGGGGUUACUUCGUACACUGCCACCCCAUGAGGUUGAAAGGAACAAAUCUCCUCAACAUUUGCUCAGAAUACGUCUUUAUAAAUGUCAGGGGCAAACUAAACCCCUUCAGACUUAAAAGAGGAAUCGGAGAUGUGGAGGGGGUGGAAGAAUUCUCCUAAGACCAGGCUGUGAGAGAGAGGAGAGAAACAGAUCUGAGCAGUGGCAAUAUCAUUGUACAACUGAAGCUACACAUAGCCGCUCCCCGCCCCCCCCCCCCCCGCCAAACUGUUCCAUAACAGAAUGUACUGCUAACAGGGUUACGAGUACUUUGAAUGUGUGGCUGGGGGUGGGUGGGGAGGUGGGAAACCCAUAGCCAGCCUUGAUGUGUAUGGAAAGGCUCAUAAAUAUUAGCUGCAAAGACAAUUCCGAACUGCCUCGGCUGCUGACACAACUGAUCCCUGUUUAAGGGGGAUAAAAUAUGGCUGCUCCCCCCCCCUUCUUCUUUUGGUCACUGGUUACUCUGGUCCAUAGCGCACAGGGCCCUUACAGCCCCACAAAGCAAAACUCUCAAGCAGGCCACUUGAAAGAUCAGGAAAGCAAAUACCAAAGACACAGAAACAAGCCCAGUAAUUGAAAGCCUUGGGAUGAUUACCUAGCUAGAAGUCCGUCGCACUCGCGUGCAUGUUGUAUUGCCUGGAAUGAGACGGAUAUGAAUGAUGGAGCCGGUUUGUUUUUGCUCUGGUGGUGACCUUAAAGUGAUUCCUGCAGAGCCUUCCUGGGUUUGAAUUGGAGCAAGCAGGAUCGGGACCAUGCCUACUUGAGCUCCAUGGUGUUUGCGACCUGGUUUGAAUCGGCACAAGUCUUUCUGAAAUCUGAGGAGCUGUGCUGGUUGUAAUUCUGUCCCAAGUGUUCCAGGAUCACCUGUGUUUUCUUUAUCCCAUGCUUGAUUCUCAACAAUAAAUGUCUAGGUAGCGGUUGCAAUUUCUCAUCCAUGCCGGGGUUUCUUAUACUGACCUAUCACGAACCUGGCUCUGCACUGCACCAGCUCAGAGUGCUCUAAAAAAUGCACCAGGAACAUGCCGAGAGUGCCUUUCUCGGAGGAGUAGAGAUUAUAAUGGUGUGUUGUAUAUUUUUCAAUUUCCUAAAGGUAACUGUUCAGUCCCCACCUAAUUUUACACAGCAUGUGAGGGAGCAGAGCCUGGUGACCGACCAACUAAGCCGGCGACUCGUCCGGACCUAUCAGCUGUACAGUCGGACCAGUGGGAAGCACGUGCAAAUCCUGGACAACAAGAAAAUCAAUGCCAUGGCGGAGGAUGGAGAUGCUCAUGGUAAGGCUGAAUAUGCAGGCAGAAGGGCUGGGGGAGGGUGGUGGUGCGCGCAGCACAGUAAUUAAUGAUUUCCGUCCUCUUUGUUAGCCAGAAAUCAUUACAAGUGUUCAGAAGGCAGGGGUCUUGCGAUGGAAGAAUGUGGCAAUCAAUAUUUGUAAUAAUAGUACAUUGCUUUCCCCCUGGGGAUCAGGAUGAUAGCUCUGAUUAUGAGGAGGCGUGUGGGUUUUGUUUUAUUUUUUUACACCUGAUCUCUCUGACCACCCAGAUGAUGGGGUGAGUUGCAUUUAAAAAACGUUUUUCUUUUGUGGUCGUGGUGAGGAGCGGAAAAGAAGAGGGAUGCCCAAACUGUUUAGAUUAGAAAUAGCUGGUGCAUUCCUGCAACAUAGCUCUAGCUAGGAUCUCUCUCAGUGAUACAGAAACAAGGAAGCAUGGAGGAUGUGAUUCGAAGCCCCAGAGUUUCCCAGAGUCUUCGUCAGAGAUUGUCACCAACUCAGUCUCUGAGUGCAGCAAACACAGAUCUGUGGGAUGCAUGGGAGGACCUGGCAGCAGAUCCUCUUGUUCUCUAAAAUAAAGGGGGUAUGGCAGGGGAGCCCUGAGCAGCGUGGAAGUUUUAAAUAACUUAGAUCGUAAGUGUUAAUUACCCUUUCAAAUGCUCAAGCCACAUACAAGAGGGCAAGGUGCUAGCAAAACUGUGGCUUCAAUAAACUGUAAGUCUUUGAGCUCCUUUCCUUGCAUAUGUGAGUCACGGGACAAGGUUAGCUGACAUUCUGAAAGCUCCGACUUACUUUAUUUUCUGUGUGCUGGCAAAAAUGGGUGCAUCCUUAUGUUGCACAUACAUAUUUGUACAUGCAGUAUGCAUCCUGCUUAGAAUUCCUAGCCUUCCACAUUAGAUGUGAUUUCUCCUUUUCACUUACAUCUAAACUGCUGCAAACAUUUGUUCUCUUAUAUAGCUUUGGGCUGACUGAAGAUUUCAGAAUAAACUUUAAUAGUUGGGGCUAAGUGGGUUCUGCAUGUACAAAGAUGUAUUUUUAACCUUUCAAGCAAAGCAUGCCAGCCUUAAAGCAACCAUGAACUGAAGGAGACGAGUUUGUUUCACAAACAAAGUUCCCCCUCCCACUUAAAUGUCUUAUAUAAAAAGAGAGAUUACUUUAGAUUUAAAUGACAAUGUUAAGAGAGGCUAGAAUGAAAUGAGGGAAACAGCUUGAAAAAGAAAAGACCUCUAUUAAAACAUAAUAAAAAGGUUAAACAUUUGAAGAGCUAAGAAGCAAGCCGAGCAAUGAUCUAAAACAGAGAGAGAACACAAGCAGUUUUUCAGAUGUAAAGUUUUAAAAGAGUUGCAAGUCUGUAAAUGUUAAAAUAGAGGUUCAGGAUUGUUCUAUAUGAAUCUCUGGAGAGACCCCCAUGUCUGGAAGAGCUAUUAAAACUCUUCUUACUUUCACCUUUUUUAACAUUUCCUGAAUACUUUCUCCUCUUCGCAGUCCAGUUAGGGGAUCAAGUGUGCCUCGCUGCAUUUUUUCUGCAUCUACGUAGCCACUUUCCCUUCAAAGUUUGAGCACGAAACAUAAUUUUUCUGGGAUAAAUCUGUCACUGAAGUGAAAGAAUAGAGUUGAAAAUGUUAAGCUCCCCACCCCACCCCAAACAAAAUCAACCUUUCGCACCAUUAACAUCAAAUAUUAAAACCUCAAGUCUUUAUUUUAUAUUAAGUAUUGAAAUUGGGGGGGGGGGGAGGGCGCUGAAGAUUUUUCCUUUUUAAGUGAUUUAUUUCUGCCAAUGACCAUUUUCUCUGCUGUGACAUUUUUACGGCUGACUUAAUGUCAGGUCCAUUUUUCUCGGUUAUCUGUCUUGAUUGUCAAUAUCUUUCUCCGUUUUCUAAUUAGGAGCAAAGCCCCAUGCAUCUUAAACCUUGGUCCACCUCUCUGAGCUCUGUUUAGCCGUCUAUAAUCUGGAUUAAAAUGGUCUUUAUCUGUAUGAGAAGGAAAUUGUUCUGAAAGUGAAUGAUAAUUGCUGUAUUGGAUUCUGGCUGUGUUGACGGCUGGCAUUUGCUACUGGGACCUGGCUGCCGUACAUAUUUUCGUGCUGCCUGGGGCCUGGGAUGCAUCUUCCACUGCUGUGGCUCUUUGUAGGCCAGUUGUACUUAACUCUUUGCCCUUCCUGCCCCACUGUGAAUCCACGUCUCUGCUUUCGAGCAGAGUUCCAAGCCAGCAGGGCCUGCCAAGCGACCAGCGAUUCAGCGCUGGAGGCCGGUCACCAAAGCGGCUCGUGUGGCAAGGCAAAGCCCACCAAACAGACAAUAAAUCAGAAAGAGCCUUUGAAAAGGUGGAAAGGACAAAAAAGGGGGGGAAAGAGAGAAGCAGCAGCAUGUGUUGUUCUGCCUCCGUUCAGGGCUGAUUUUCUGUGUCUUUCCAUCAGUCAGCAGAAGAGAGCAUGGAAAUUGAUGCCCUUUAAACCUUUUACUGCUCUCUUGAUCGACCUCCCUCGCUCGUGCCCCCCAAAGACAGAUAAAUAAGGGGACCUUGUCUAUGUGGCUCAAUGAAGAGGAGUCGGGGGUCCAAUUGCUCUUUGGCAGGGGGUGGGGAGACGGGGACUUACAGAUGUUAAUAUUUUAUAGGAAGGAGAAGUGCUAAAAUUAACGGGGUUGUAAUGGGUCGGAAGAAGUGAUGUGAUGUUGUAAUUCAUACACAGCACAGUGUGCAGACAGGGAGGGAAGCAGCCAUUCUACCAGGGCUUGGACCACCAAGGCUUGGGGCCUAGUCUAAAGGCUUAGUUUAGAUAACUGUUUUCAUUACUGCUGGUGAAUCCCCGACUACUGACACGGUUGUUUUCUAAUCUUUCCUUGUUCACGUGUGUCGAGCCAUCCUCCACUAUUGUUAAUAUUGUGGAUGUUGGCCCCUGUUGAGGAAAUAUUGUUAUUUUGCCUCAGAGAAACUGAGGAGAAUAAUAAUGUUGUGGUGAGGUCCUGGCCUUUCACAGACAAAACAUGCUGGUUGCAAGAGUUGGGACCUGAAUGAUCAAAAGGGCAGAAACAACUCCCCUAUGAGGAAAGGUUGCUGUGUUUGAGGCUGUCCCCCCCUCCCCCCCACUACAAAAAGCCAAGUAAGUAAGGGGGCAUGAUCAAAGUUUGUAAAAUUAUGAAUGGUGUGAAGAAAGUUGGGUCUGAAUGGUGGGAGGUUUAGGAAAGGCAAAUGGAUGCAUUUCUUCACACAAUAUAUAGUUAAACUCUUGGAUUUGCUACCACAAUAUGUGGUAAUUGCCACCAACUUGGAUGGCUUUUAAAACGAGACUAGACCCUUCAGCUAUUAACAGAAGCUAGUCUUGAUGGCUGUGUACUACAACUUCCAGUAUACCUCUGAAUGCCGGUCACUAGGGAACAACAGUGGGACAGGACUUUUCCCCUCAUGUCCUUCUUGCAAGUUUCCCAUAGGCAUCUGGUCCACCACUGUGGAACACUGGGUGCAAGACCAGAUGGGACUUUGACCUGAUCAAACAAGGUUCAGUCUUAUGUUCUUAUGAGAAUGAGAGCAGAACAUAUAUCUGGUGCUGAAUAUGUAAUAGGAUGAAUUUCUGUGGGAAAUAGUAUGGAUCCACUGGUGUUUCUAUGAUCCAUAACUCUCUUUAUUGAAGUCAAAUAUCCAGGGCCUGUUACUUUAGGAUUCUGACCAUCCAAAUCUAGUUUUCCUUUUGCCCAUCUACGCAGUAAUAUUUGUUGGGUGCUUUGUACCCCAAUUAUUAUUAUUAUUCUUUAGAAGACAUCUGAAGGCAUCCCUGUAUAGGAAAGGUUUUUUUAAUAAUGUUUAAUGUUUUAUUAUAUUUUUAUAUACAUUGGAAGCUGCACAGAGUGGCUGGGGCAACCCAGUCAUAUGGGCGGGGUACAAAUUAUCAUCAUCUUCACCAGAGGAAGAGACUGUUUCUCUUCAUAAUCCAUCCCAGGUUUGCUCCAGGCCCACUGCUUUGCCAAAUGAGUGUUGUGUGUGUGUGGUGAUGGAGGAGUGAGCUGUAGGUUCGUGUGAAAUAACAUACCCCAGAAAAGCAUCUUAACCAGCCCCUAGCAAUAUACAUAAAUGCAGCUUCCAUUAGCUCAGGCAUACUAGGUUUGAGACCAUUGAUUUAUUCUUAAUUUGUUACUGUUGCGUCUUGGAUUUUAUUGCUCCUGUUUAUUUAGCUCUAACAAAGUGUCAGUCACUGGGCAGGCCAUAGAACAAGCCUUGUAAGCCAACUCUGGGUUGAAAGAUAUGGUGGAAAUCAAAUAAAUAAAUAAAUAAGCAAGUGAUACAGUUCCUGCCUUCCAAGCUUUGUAAAAUCGAUAGGACAAAAGGGAGAGGGGCAGAGCUUGAGAAAGGUUUCAAGUUGUCCUCAUGAAUGGCUAAAAAGAGAAAGCAUUGUGGAGUGUAGUGGCCUUUUAAGCACUGGCUUCAUGGCCACAGCACUGAAGGAUUUCCCAUGGUCCUAUUCAGAUUGGAAAUACCUCGCCCCCUUGCCCUGCCUGAGGAAGCCAGAUCACAAGGAAAAAAUGAGAGGUUUGUGCACAGCCAAAGUCAAGGGCCAAAAAGCCUUGUAAAGGUCAAAGGGCAAGGUAUAAGUGAAAUAGAAAAGUCUACUCCUGCAAAUGAACUGCAACUGCUUCUGAAGUGUCUCUCUUCCCAUGAAGAAGGAUAUUUAAAAAGCAUCUUUUGAUGCUUUUUCAUACAGUGCUUAUAGCACAUCAAAUGUAGAGUAGCUGCUUGAUUGUUGCAAGGGAUUUAAACAUCUUACUUCAAAAAACCUCCCAUUUCAGGCACAUCACAAUUUCCUAACUUUCAGAUCAUCGCAAUACAGUAUAUUAUUGCUGGUGUAAAAAGGCCAUUGCGUUUUGAAGUGAUGCUGUCUGGAACAUGGCAGUGCUACAAUUGGCUAUUAAGCCCAGCAUCACUGAUAAUGAGUGAGACAGUCUGGACCCAAAAUGUCCCUCAACCAAACCUCAGGCAGCUGGUGACCCAAACCCUAGUGGAGGCUUGCAUAAGAGCUAAGCUGGUUACAAACUGGGAAAAUGAUCCUCAUCAGUUUGCUUGCCCACAUCGGACCAGACAGCAAGUCUAUAUGUUUUUGCCCAUUUUCACAACUUGAAUAGUUUCUUUGACCCUUUCCUGUGUCUGUAGGUCAGAUGAGAAACCUUCAUUAGCUAAAAUUCGUUCUUCUGUUUAAAACUUUCUCACUUCCUUUUUCUCUCCCACAUUAGCAAUAUUCACAUGUGAUACAUUCCAGAUGAAAAAUGUUGGUGUUAGGGAAGAUCCACAUGUUGUCAUUGCAGACAGUUUCCUAAGUCUCCCCAAUUCCCUCAGCCAGGCUGACUCCUAAUAUUGGAGCCACUCUUGGGAAAACAUGGGUUAAAAUGACUGGGGGAAGGUGGAACAUUUGCAGGAGAGAAUUAGAGGAGGGUAAGCACCCCCUGCCAGUUCUCCUCUAUACCCUCCCUAUAUUAGCAUUAUGUAAACCCAUGCAAAGUUUGAAAUCCUGUGGGUUUUUUCCUACUGGGAAGUUCCACCCUUAGUGUCACAGGUGAAUAUAUCCCUUGGUUUGAGGAUUUAGCUGGCAUUUCUACUUGAUGUCCUGAGUCUUGACAGUUUUGCUUCUUUUGGAAGCACCUUCUCUUUUUGGUAAACUGAAUGCUCCACUUCUUUUAUAAUGAGGUGCUAUCAUCCAGCCUUUCUAGGUGUUUGUGUUAUGGAAAUGUGCUGUAAAAACUAUCAUCUGAUUGGUUGAGCACAAGAAGCAGAACAGGAGAAGUUGUGUUUAUGUUUUGCCUAAUGAUUAGAACAAACUCAUUCGAGUUUUGCAUUGGGGGUGGGUGAAUCAUUCAGCAGCAAAGGUGAUGCAGGAAAGCUGCUUUUUCUCAGCAAAUUUCAAGGUCUCUUUUGAUCCUUCCUCUGACUGAUUAGAGUUUUCAGCUUUGUAUUUGUGGAUAUGAGGCAUGAAUACCACAGACCACAUAUAGCUUGACGAUGCAUAAGGUUUGUGUAUGAAACUCAGGAUCACUUUUUCUUCAGAAACCCUUGUCAGACAUAGUAGGUCCCAGACUCUAGAAUUUGGGGAAAAGGCACUGACUCAUUAUUUACUAGAAGGAUUCCCUUACCCCCUGUGUGCCUACUGGACCACUUCAAUCUAUGGAACUGGCCAUUUUACAAGCGCCAAACAGUGUUCGCUACAUGCUUGCAAGUAAUCAAUCUUUCAGAUAGGCAGCACCCACUCUUUAGAAGUCCCUAUUCAUUAAUAUUAGGCAGGCACCUUUGUGGUAUUGGUUUUACCAGGCAUGUAAUUUUGACACACAAUUUUAUUAUGUACAAUUGUUUAAAAAUUGCAGGUUUCGUUUGUAUAUAAAAAUUACGUUAACUUUUUCUUAAUGUUUGCUUUUAUUGAUUUUUAUUUCAAAUGAAUAUUUUAGAUUUUUCUUUGCAAGCCCCUUAGAGGCCUUCUAUUGAGUAAAUUGGACAUAAACAUCAAUUGACAAACAAACAAAUAUUCCCUGCACUGCCACAGCAGCAGCAAAUACAUGCUGCAGCUGGAGAUUUGAGACAGAGGUUUGUUGAGUCCAGUUGAGACCCACAGGGUUCUCAGUGUCUCCUACAGUAUGCCAAUCCUUCCAAUAUAACUGCAUAACCGAAUCACUUCCAUUGUUAAGUCUGAUCAACUUGUUGUGACGGCUAAAACCAUUUUACUUUGCUCUGCGAUAGGGGCAGGAAACAUGCAGCCCUCCAGUUAUUGCUGGACUACAACUCCCAUCAUACCUGACCGUUGGCCAUGCUUGCUGAGACUAAUGGAACAUAACAACACAGGGGUACAGGUUCCCUGCCCCCGCUCUAGAACAUCUCAUUGCUCCCUCCCAGAUUCCCAAGUACCAAGCUACCAUCAUUAAAGCUUCUGGCCCAUUCUGCAGAUAGACUCCUGCAGAUAUAUUGGUUUCAAAACUAUCCAUGAUGGUGGCAGGUGCAUUAAAUCUGGGCCUGCCUUGGUAGCAGAGAAAGGAGGAGCAGAGUCUCUUUCUAAGAGCAAAGGGGACAUGUGAGGGAUUGGACCCCUUCCCUCUCCAGUGCCGUGUCAAAAAAAUUUCACUAUAAUGCUUUCCGUGCAGCAAAAUGAGCCUAGGACUGCCUGUAACCUGUCCUGUUCACAAUAGGUGAUGGGAUGAGAUGGUCCUAGACUGGACUUCCCUCCUGUCUCUCUGUGUGUGAGUGAAACAUGUGUGAAAUUGAGAAUCACAAACAAGAACCAUUUUGCCUGUACCCAAGACAUGGUGAAUUCCAUAAUGUGACAUUGCUAGAGGAAUAAAGUCUAACUUAUCAUAACUGGCACUGCAACAGCAAUGGGAGACAAGUACUGAUGAUGUAUUGAGCAUCAUCAAGAGUAAUGACUACCUGGGUUCUGGCUUGUGAGCAAACCUUCCCUUUAAAGUCAUAAAGAGCAAAACCAGUUUUGGUGCCUGGGACACUCUGAAUUCCCAUUCAACUGACCAAAAAUGCUGCACAGUACAGAAAUGUUGCUCUGUUUCCUCUCUUUCAUGUACAAUGACAGAGAAGGGCUGGAAUGGGUGAGAUGGCCCUUUGGGGCUGGCUGGCUCCAUCUCUUUGGGGUUCCUGCAGCGGCAAGAAGAAGGGGACGAGCCAUUGAUCUGUGAUUUGCAUAGCUGCUUUGAAAGUUAAUCAAUGCCUCCAUUAAAAAAACUGAGACUAAAUCAAUACGCCCUCUCAACUCUCGCAAAGGUGAAAUGCAUUAAGGGGCUGCCCUUACCCUUCCUGGCUUCCUCUACCAGCUGCAAAGUCAGCAUCAGUGCAGAGAGACAGAGAAAGGACUUAAACUGAUCAUAUGGAGCUUCCUGACCUACACAGAAAAGAGAUACAAGAAGAGCAAGGGGACCAAGUAUAAAAAUACCAAAUUAGAAACUAAUUUUCCUGCUGCUACUGCCCAAAUCAUUGUGUGUCCUUUUAAAGUAGGAUGAUUUAAAGCAAUUACUGGCCCGGGCUUUAUAUUAACCUUGUGUCCUGUAGCCUUUCUGUGUUGUGUGCCCAGUUAUUUCUCUAUAAUGAGAGGACAAGAGAUCUUUUGCUCAAAACAGCAACUGGAAGUGCAUUGGUUUCAGAAAUGGAAGUAUAUAAGACAUUCCAUCCAGCGCUGUAAGACUUGCAAUAGCCAUCAUGCAUGGCCGACUCUUGAAAAUAGGUCUGAUUCUGUCUAUUGCUUGAAUUUAAGAUGUCCGUUUCCUGAAGAAACAGGACUGCUGAAACACCUGCUGAAAACUUUUCUAUUCCACCAGGCCUACGCAGGCAAUUAAGAAUACAUGUCCCACAAUGGUCUAUUGAUGUUUGUUUUUAAUUUCCUUUUGUUUUUAACUAGUUUUUAACUUUCUAAGAUUUUAUUGUCUGGUUUUAUGUUUUUAUAUCGUUGUAAGCAAUUGUGAUAUAUUUUUUAUCAUACAGCGGUAUAGAAAUAUUUUUUAUAAAUAAAUAAUAAGUAAGAAAGAGAUUUUGCAACCUUUGAAUGGAAGCACCAUUGUUUGUUUGUUGCUGCUACUAUGGGUGAACAAUCAGGGAGCCACCCAGUACAUGUAGUGACUGUGUACACCACAUUUUUUCCAGGCUUUUCCACUGAUUUUGAUGGCAGUGGCAGCAAACAGAAAAGAAACUUAAAAUAGACACAGCACUUGGGUGAGGAGAGCCUAGUUCCCUGAUGGUGGGAGGGAUGCAAAUCACCUCCUACCCUAGCCAUUGAAUCAAUCAUUUGAUGAGAGGAGAGGAGGCAAUAGCUCUCUUCCUCAGUUGAUGUGCAGGGAGGUGAGAGGGAUGUGUGUUUGUGUGUGUGUGUUUAAAAGACAGGGUAUGGGGUACUAGAUAUGCCCACUUUUGGCCACACCCAUCACUAGCAGGUCGCUUUUGAAGGGUUGGCCAAGGUUGACUGUGACACUUGGUCUUAUAAUUAGUUCACCCUGAUCCUUCUCUUAGGGGAGGGCCAUAGCUCAGUGCUAGAGCAUCUGCUUUGCAUGUAGAAGGUCCCAAGUUCCAUCCCCGGCAUCUCCAGUUAGAACUGGGACCAUCCACUGUCUGGCAGAAAAGUAUUGUAGACAAUACUGAGCUAUAUGGACCAAUAGUCUGACUUGAUAGAAGGCAGCUUCCUAUGUAUUACCGUAACAAAUGCUAAAAGGAGGGACACAGCAUCCCUUCCCUUUGGUUGCAUGGUCCAUCCUGCCUAAGAAAAUGCUAAUUCGAGAAGACAAAUUGUCCUCUUGGAGUGCUGUAUGUGGUGCCCAUCUUGUAAUAUUCAUGUGACUCAUUUUCUUGCCAUCUUCUCCCACUCCAGCUAAGCUCAUUGUGGAGACCGACACAUUUGGGAGCAGAGUAAGAAUCAAGGGGGCUGAGACAGGCUUCUAUAUCUGCAUGAACAAGAAAGGAAAGCUGAUUGGCAAGGUAAGGGGGCUUCGGGGUAGGAAUUGCUUGCUGUGCAACAAGGGGAGGAGCAGGACAGUCUUCUCAGGAACAAAAUAUGGGAAUGGAGGGGCAAAAGGGCCUACAACUGAAGCUGGAAGCGAGCUUGUUCACACGCAUUCGCUGAUGCUGUAUUUCAUGUGGAUACUGCUGUGGUUAGUCAGAACCACACAAUUCAAGCAAAUAUCUAAAGAUGAGGAGCAGUAGAGGUUGGUCCAUUAGAGCAGCGCCACUCCAGCCUCAGCCUACCCUCAAUGACAAAAACAUCCCAAGACUGAAAAUCUGCUGCAUCAACUCUUCUCCAUCAUUAAUAUGCUGGGCAAGUAUCUGGAGGCCCUCUUUCGCAUGGCCAGAAGUAGCAGACAAUUUAAAAGGCUUGAACAUACACACACACUAACCUCUUGCUAUGGGAGGUAUCAGAUGGCUUUUCUCUCAAGUUAUGUCUCCAUUGGAGGGGAAGUCUCAUUUCCCCAACACUCAAGCAGCAACCCUGUAUUGCUGAGAAACACGAUGCCACCUACUGCCUCCAUUCCUCUUCAGGUUACAAUGUACAGGGUUGUUGUGAGACUAUCACAGGCACCUAUUUGAUAGAGCCUGUGACAUUCAUAGAAUCAUAUAUUCAUUGGGUUGGGGAGGGGGCAGUCUUUUAGACAACCCCCUAGUCAAUUACAUAUGCAGGAAAUACAUUAGAUUACAUACAUUUUCUAUCUAUCAUCUAUCUAUCUAUCAUCUAUCUAUCUAUCUAUCUCAUCUAUCUAUCAUCUAUCUAUCUUUAUCAUCUAUAUCUAUCUAUCUAUCUAUCUAUCUAUCUAUCUAUCUAUCUAUCAUCUGUCUAUCUAUUCAUUAGUGUUAGAGCAUCCCCAGCAAAUGGCUGUCCAGUUUCGGACAGAAGGUUUCUAGGAAGGAAAAGUUGGGCAACUCCCUUUGUGAUUCGUUCCAAUCAGGAAGUGUUCCUACCACUAAGACAAUUUUCCCUAAAAUCUGCCAUCCCACAACUUAAGCCCAUUUCUGAUAACAAAAGUCUCGCCUUCCUCUCCCUCCUCUCCUAUUAACAUGCACAAGUUUGGGAUGCUCAUAACUGUUCACCAAAACACAACCACCAUGCAAAUAAUAAAUGAAAAUACCAAAGCAAUAUACUAUAUAAAAAACAAUAUACUAUCCAAAAACCAGUUAGGAUCUGAUGAUUUGCUGUGGUAACCUGCUCUGUAUUUGUAUGGUUUACCACUUAUGCACAUGCAGUGUUGCUGUUUCAUAUUAAAUGCAUCACACCCUUUGAUCAAUUAAAAAAAGCAGAAUACACUAAACCAGAUGAAAACCCAAGAAUUGGCCUAGAAGGUCUCCUCUCCACUCCCUAUAAAUACAGCUAUCCUCAAGCAUCUCCUUUAUCUGACACCUACUUGUCAAAUAAACUGUUUCACUGUUCAAAGAUGCUAGCCAGGGGACAUUUUCUCCCGCUGCAAAGAAAGAAAACAAAUUGUCCAAGCCCUAAUCAAGCAUACUAUGGAGUAAGAUCCAUUGAACUUGGCGACUCCUGAAUAAACAUAUUUAGGAUGGCACUGUUGGUCUUCUUUGUAACAUGGUGUUUGGGGAGUUUUUGCUUUCAGAAAAAGCAUUUCAAUAUGCUGUAAUAAGAAAUGAUACAGUUCAGGAAAAGCUUUACCAGCUGAUUUUGCUGAUGUGUGUAAACUGGCCCUGAGCACAGAUCUAAGACUUCUUGGAAGCAGAACUUUGAAUGUGUUUGCUACCAAGAGUGAGAGAGAAAAAAGCAUGAUUGAAUUAGACUUUACAGCGGAGGUAGGGGGCCUUUUUAAACUCAAGGGUCACAUGCUUGAGGAACAUGCUCAGGGGCUGCAAACUAGUAGUAACACCCCUUUUCUUAUUCUGCUGCCCACGCCUAUUCCUUUCUCCCCCCUCUCUUCUCUUAUUACCCAACACAAAAACACAGUGGGCUGUUCAUUGGAGAAGUGCUUGCUCUCUUCUUCCACCAGUGACUUCCUUGGCUUCCAUGCUGGGGGCUAAGAAAGCAGCUUGCUUCUCUCAGGGUCCAGCACUGAAACAUUGUUCUCUAUCACCCCACAAUAUACUGUAGCCUUGGCUUUACCCUUAAAGAAUGCCCAUAUGAAGCAACUCCACUUUUCUAGCACCUAUCUAAGAACAUAAGAUGAGUCCAGCAUCCUGUUCUCACAGCAUCCAACCAGAUGCCAAUGGGAAGCCUGCAAGCCAGACAUGAAUGAGUGCCCACCUGGGAUUACUAGCAGCUGGUAUUCAGAGGCAUCUAGAAAAACGCUUAUUUUUUUGGCCCAUCAGCAUUUGCAAAAAUAGUUCUAGUUCUACCAAAACAGUCCACAAAAGCCCUAGUGUCCUAGCUGAAGAAUAUACCGUACAUUGUUCAUUAAAUUCUGUUCAUUGCACUAUAGUGCAGAAUUUCAAAUCUUGGGAAGAACUGCACACACACACACAUACAUAUAUAUUUAAAUUUCCCCUUGGAAUAAGCCAAGCCACAAAGGCAGAGAAUGGCUGUAGCUCAGUGGUAGUGUGCACACUUUACAUGAAAAUGGUCCCUCUUAGGCUCAGUCUUCAGAAAGGGCUGUGAAAGACCCCUCUCUGAAACCCUGGAGAGACGCUGCCAAUCAAUGUAAACACAAUGUUGAGCUAUACCAGGCUUCCUCAAACUCAGCCCCCCAGAUGUUUUGAAACUACAAUCCCCAUCAUCCUUGACCACUGGUCAUGCUAGCUAGGGAUCAUGGGAGUUGAAGGCUAAAAACAUCUGGAGGGCCGAGUUUGAGGAAGCCUGAGCUAUACAGAGCAAUAGCCCAACUCUGUUUAAGGUGAUUUCCUAUGCUCCUUCCUGCAUAAGCACUUACUUUGCUUUGCCAGCAGUGACCUUGCAGUUUCUCCUCUCUGCAGAAUUACUUGCUCAGCCAUGGAUAAUUAACCAUAUGACCUUCCAACAGCUUAGCUUUCCUCAACCUAGACGUCCUCUUCUUCCUUUUACUUUUGUCCUGGGUGCUGCUUGUGUGAUCUGUUCCUGAUUAGAAUCAAUCAGGGGACAGGUGGCUGCAUUGCUUGCAUUCCAAUAAGUAUUUGAGUGCUUGUUGCCCUUGCCUCAUUUCUCAGGUACAGUGGUACCUCGGGUUACAAUCACUUCGGGUUACAGACUCCACUAACCUGGAAGUAGUACCUCGGGUUAAGAACUUUGCCCCAGGAUGAGAACAGAAAUCGUGCGGUGGCAGUGAGAGGCCCCAUUAGCUAAAGUGGUACCUCAGGUUAAGAACGGACCUCUGGUUCAUAACCAGAGGUACCACUGUAUUGACUAGGUUGGUACUUGAUGGGUUGACUAGCUAUAUAUCUUCUAUCAGCCAACAAUGUCAACCAAUCCUAGCGUGAGUGUGCUGAAGUAGGUCUGAGCAUAGCUGCAGUAUCCUGGAGGUGGGGCAGAGGUGGGAUGGUGGGGAACAUUUCCAAGUAAUAUUAAGCAUAAUCUUUGCACAUAAUCAUCCACUCUCUUUGCUAGUGUAAGGCUGAGGACAGUAGAAAUUCACAAUCUAGGUGAUUCCUCUUGAGUCCCCUCUGAGUUUGCCAGUUGGUGUGAAGUGUCAGGUUGGGGUUGAAUGUGAGCCACCAAACAAUCCUAUAUGCAUCCCUCAUGAGUUGCUUUGCAUUCAAACAAAGCAAUCCUUAGCAACAUCCCAGGUCUGUCAAGUUUUCUCAUAAGUGCUAAGGACACUUUGCACCUUCUGAAGGUGGCCUUUUCAAUAUAGAUCUACACAUUAUGGCAGAUCUACACAUUACACUUUAGCCAGAGACAACUUCACAAACCAAUACAUAGCUAGAGAAAACCGUUUGAUGUGAACUGUUUAGUUUGCGCCUAAGAGGUUGGAUAAGGUAAUAUCAGAUGUCCAGGGAUUUAUGGAAAUGUGUGUUUAUUGAACUGAAUGUUUAGAUAGCUAAACAGGAGGUAUUAGUACUAGUGGUAUACUAAUAUUAAAACCGUGGAUACCCCCAGUUUUGUAAUUUAUAUUCCUGGAGUUCCCACAAACUUUGAAUUGGAUGCCUUGACUGUUCUGGAUAAUACAAAGUACAAAAUAGACUUAACUGUUUCCUUUGGUACAUCAUUGGGGAUGUUUAUUAGACAAUAAGCAUUCUUGGCAUAAUAGCACCCAGGUCAAACAGUGUUCAAAGCAUGGUCAAGCACUAUCACUACUUACAAAGUCCCUGCCCCCCUAUUUUUAGACCAGGACAACCUGGCUCUGGUUCCAUGGGGAGACUUAUUGGAAAAGAUGAAGGGCAUCUCCAUUCACUUAUCUCCUAUUGUUCCCACCUGCAGAGCAACGGCAAAGGCAAGGACUGUGUCUUCACCGAGAUUGUGCUGGAGAACAACUACACAGCAUUGCAGAACGCAAAGUACGAAGGGUGGUACAUGGCCUUCACCCGCAAGGGGCGUCCCCGCAAGGGCUCCAAGACUCGCCAGCAUCAGCGUGAGGUGCACUUCAUGAAGCGGCUACCCAAGGGCCACCAAACGACAGAGCCUCACAGACGCUUCGAAUUUCUCAAUUACCCUUUCAACCGGAGGAGUAAAAGGACUCGGAACUCCAGCCCCAAGCCCACCCCCUGA